UACGAACGCUAUAUACAGCAAUACUCGAAAUAUCAUUCAUUCAACCAUGGCCAAGAACAUCAGCAAGUUCCUCAGUUUCUUUUUAUUCGCUUUGAUUUCCAUCCCGACCUCUUCUUCGACCAGGAUGCUACUCCAGGAGGUUCAGGAAUUAGCACCUUUCUGCACAGAAUAUAACCCAGAUUUACGAUGCGCUACUCCCUGGGACCCAGAAUUUACAUGCCCAGCAGGUCAGCAUCCGUGCAGGAGCAACUGUGGAAUUUCAAAAUGCCUGGCACCUUUCUGUGCAGAAUAUAACCCAGCGCUACGAUGCGGUACCCCCUGGAACUCAGAUUUUACAUGUCCAGAAGGUCAGAAUCCGUGCAGGAGCAACUGUGGCAGAUCAAGAUGCCUCGCAAAUUAGAGACUUCAGGCUCAUUGUACCGCAGUUCAUAC